GGUUGAGAACCCUAAUCGUUCUCCUGUCUUGGCCUGGGUAACGUAACAGUAUCCUACCCAUGCAAUACAACUCAAUGAUUUUCCCUUUAAACAAUCCCUUGAUGCUAUGGCCGUCACAAAGGAUAAUAAACGACACCUUAUCUGUUGCAUCGACCAGGGUUGAUAGAGGUUUGAAUGCUACUGCUCAAGCAUUCCCGUCUUCUUAUUCCUCUUCUCGCGCUUUAUCAUCCCAACUGCACUUUUAUCCCCAAAUAUCUGGCCCUCCCCCAUCUUGGUUUGAUAUGCGUUUGUCUUCUAGUUUCAACUCACACACAAACGCGGAGCGCCAUCCUUGCCCUGUCGACAAGUCCAUGUCCAUCCAAACGGAAAACAUCAGUUCAUCUGUUUCUAUUUGGGGCCCUCGAUCCUCGCUAAGACUGGCAUGCCUCAACGUGCGCACUUUGCUACAUCUUGGCCAACAAGCAGCACUUGUCCGAACACUAGAGACCCUCUCAAUCGAUAUUCGCUGUUUAUUGGAUACCUGCCUGAAAGAUCCGAGCUCCGUGCUUACUCUGCGAUCCCCACAUGCGACAUUGGCCGCACAUUCUCAUUACGCCUGUCUGGAAAUGGUGCAGCUUCAAAUGACGGUGAAGUCGGCGUGGGUAUUAGUUUGAGUCCGGGGG